AGACCUCAACAACGACCGCAGCGAUUUUAAAUUGAAUUAAUAUAUUAUUUAUUAGGCUAUUAGGAUGUCAGAUCCUACAAUAGCAGUAGCAUCUACUUCACGUAACUCAGACAUACCUCAGAAAUUUACUAUCGACGAUACAGAUACAAAUAGCCACAGGAGAUCAUCUAGUAAGCUCGUUGGUGCACCUUUACUCUAUACGAUUACAUGUUUUGCUUCUCUCGGUGUCUUUCUCUUCGGUUAUGAUCAAGGCGUUAUGAGUGGUAUCAUCACAGGACCGUAUUUCAAAUCCUACUUCAAUAAUCCAGACAGCACUCAAUUAGGUACCAUGGUAGCAAUCCUCGAAAUAGGUGCAUUGAUAACUUCACUUCUCGCCGGUACAAUUGGCGACAAAAUUGGCAGAAAACGCACACUUUUCUGGGGUGCAACAGUCUUUAUCAUUGGUGGUGCUAUACAAACGGGUAGUACAAGUUUCAUGAUGAUGGUGCUCGGUCGUAUCAUUUCUGGAUUUGGUGUCGGUCUUUUAUCAAUGAUAGUUCCAAUCUAUCAAAGUGAAAUAUCACCAGCUAAUCACAGAGGAAGACUCGCAUGUAUUGAGUUUACUGGAAACAUAACAGGUUAUGCCUGCUCAGUGUGGCUCGAUUAUUUCUCUUCAUACAUUAAAUCAGAUGCUUCUUGGCGUCUUCCGCUCCUUUUUCAAUGUAUAAUUGGUGGUAUCUUGGCUUUAGGAUCACUCGUUAUACCCGAAAGUCCAAGAUGGCUACUGGACAAUGAUCAAGAUGAUGAGGGCUUUAGAGUUCUCGUUGACAUUAAUGGUGGCUAUUACGAUAACGUGAAAGCCGAUAAGGAAUAUCGUGAGAUUAGGGAUGCUGUCGAACAAGACAGAUUGGAGCCUGAUAGAUCCUACAAAUGUCUCUUUAAGAAGUACAAAGCAAGAGUUUUUAUAGCAAUGAGUAGCCAACUAUUUGCUCAAUUGAAUGGUAUCAAUGUUAUAUCAUAUUACAUGCCACUAGUUAUGAUCAGCGCUGGUUGGGUUGGUAGAGAUGCCAUUUUGAUGACUGGUAUCAAUGCUCUAGUAUACAUAGCGUCGACUGUCCCACCAUGGUAUUUGGUUGACAGAUGGGGCCGCAGGUUUGUUCUGCUAAGCGGUGCUGCAGUUAUGUGCUUUGCAUUGACACUUACUGGAUGGUGGAUUUACAUUGACGUACCUGUUACGCCAACAGCCGUUGUCAUCUGCGUUAUAAUCUUCAACGCAGCAUUUGGUUUCUCUUGGGGACCUGUCCCAUGGUUGUACCCACCAGAAAUCAUGCCGCUUGCUUUCAGAGCUAAGGGCGUUUCGCUCUCAACUGCCUCUAAUUGGGCAGCAAACUUUAUCGUAGGAGAGCUUACACCAAUCCUACAAGAUGUCAUUCAAUGGAGACUCUACCCAAUGCAUGCACUAUUUUGUGCAUGUAGUUUCGUAUUGGUUUACUUUCUCUACCCAGAAACAGCCAACGUACCGCUCGAAGAGAUGUCUGACAUAUUCGGCGAUUCAGGAUCCACUGAAGAAGAAGCCGAGCAGAUAUCACUUCAUAAGCAGAACCGUAUAGCUCGUCAAUCUUCAGUUAGCUUACCUUCUUUGGCUAGUUUCACAGAAUAUGAUCGAAGACACCGUAGAUCUGAACCAAACUUGCACAAAUCAAUUAUCAUCAACCCGAUCAAAACACUCAAAAAAUGGAUUUAUAAAGGUAAAAGUACAACAGAAGAUCCUGAAAGCUCAGAUUCUUAUGAACGACUUGAUCAUACUGACGUUUAGUUUUUCUUUUUUCAUUAUACCAUUAACUCAGCUUUUAUUUCUUAUCAAGUACUGUUUAAAAUUAGCAUACAUUAUUUCAGUUCGAUAACGUAGCAGAUGUAGGCGAAAAAUCGAUCCAACGUAUUGUUUGAAUAUGAGGCCAGUGGCUGUGGUUGUCAUUUUCAUGUAUUGUCGAAAUAAUCGCAUCUUCUGUGGCUUGCAUGGCUGAAGCAGAAUCGGGAGCUGCCGACUCAGAUAUAUACAUAACUUGAGGUGUGUCAUGAAGUGGAAGUAUACAUAAAUGUCCUUCUAACUCGAAUACCAUACGCGAAUACUCGAAGCACAUCUGCGACGUAUCGCCAUCAUAUUCAGGGAGCUUUAUAACCAUCUGUUUGUUCAACAUCUCAUCAUCUUCUAUAGCUUUGCUAUAAUUAGGAACGAUUAAGAUUUGUUUCUCAGAUAAUGCAACAAGUGUGUCACCAUCGACGUGUACUGCUGACCAAUUAUCUUCAAAUUCAUGCAUGAGCGCUUGUACCAAAUCACGCUCUUCAACAUCCUCUCCUACUGGAUUGUCACGUUCGUCAUCCAAUUCAACUGGGUUUUCUUGCACUAUGUUAGCUUGAUCCUCGUUAUUGGCAGCUGGUCUAUUUAUUCCAAAGUAUGCAAACAUAUCAGCUCUUACUUGAGCAGUCAAAUUAUCCUCGUCUUCAUCUAUCUCGUGCCUUUUUGCAAUUUGGAACUCUUGGAAGGUUGGUGCUAUACCACUUACCGGCUCAUCUCCUUGUAGUCCACCGAACUGAACCUUGCUCAAACAAUAAAAUUGGUCAGGGUUUAUGGUUAUCCUGAUUGUCGUACAUAAUAAGCCAGUCUGUUUAGAGUAGACCUCAAUUUUGCUACCUCUGCAAAUAAGAACCUCGUUUUGUGUUUGCUCAAUCUUGAUGGUUGUAAAUAUAAAGUGUUAUAUCAACAAACAGACUGCUCACAUAGAAAAUCAUCAAUGGUACACCCAAGACAACUCGGACAGUGUUUAUCACUUUAAUGAGGCUACCAUCAGAGGGGUUUAUCAAUGCAAUAUGAGCACCAUCGGCUGAGGCCACGGCCAAAACGCUUGAGACAGUUAGCAAAAGGACUUCCAAUUUGUAAGACAUACCCGAAUUUCAUCCGCGAGGCACGAGUUUCAAAUGGUACUGAUACUCUCGUAAUAUGCUCUAAUUUAGGUAGAUUUCC